CUUAAAGGAACUAUGCAGGCUGUGCGGCCGCACGCAAAAGCGUUAAGGCUACUUUAGACACUUGGUAGGAGUUGUUAGGUAACAACAGAGUUGUUGGAUAAUGGGCCCUCACAACCACUGUUUGUUGUUGUGGUGGCCAGUAGGUGUGCGUCCUGUUUACCGUUGCUCGUAUCGAGUGGGUAUUGCCAACUCCUGAAAAGUAACGUGGCAAAUGUGGAAGUAGUUUUCGCAGAAAGUCCUGCCCAACCAGUACGUCUGGAUUCAAAUCAUACUGUGUAUCAUGCUGGAUCUUUACCUUCAUGGUGAUAACAUAAAUAAGGGUCCAGCAGGAAGUAAGACCAACUGCCUUCAUCUCGCUCUCAACCUUUCUUGUGGUCAUCUGCUAGCAUCCAUUUUUGAAAACCGAGUAGUGAGGUUCAUGUUUGUGAUUGAGUAUUUAAGUGAAAUUCCAUGGGUUCUGAAGUUUUUAAUCGUCGGUGUAGAAUAGUUCCACGUUCAUAUCUCUUAUCUCCUCGCUGACCCGAUACGACUUGGACAUGAGCAAAAGCGUCUCGUCAAAGGAGGUGAGCCUCAUGGAGGCCUCUGGUCCAGAGGUCUCCGGUCCCGGGCAGGCCCCUGGUCCAGAGGCCUCCGGUCCAGAGGCCUCCGGUCCCGGUCAGGCCUCCGGUCAGGCCUCCGGUCCAGAGGCCUCAGGUCCCGGUCAGCCCUCCGGUCCAGAGGUCCCAGGUCCCGGUCAGGCCUCCGGUCCCGGUCAGCCCUCCGGUCCAGGGCAGGCCUCCGGGCCCGGUCAGGCCUCCGGUCCAGGGCAGGCCUCCGGUCCCGAGCCCGAGCCCGCUCGCCACCAGGCCCCCCCCCUCCACCGGGCCGUGAAGAGGGUCUCCUCGGGGCCCCUGCAGCUGCCCAGGGUCUGCUCCAGGCCGUCCUGUAGAGAUGGAAGAACCUGGGCCUUCAGGGCCUCUCAGAGCGUUGGGAACCUCCUAAGCUACAGCUCCAGAGCCUUUUAGGCCAACACCCCGUUCAAAGUGGCGUACACAGCUCACUUGUUCCUUCUCUUGCACCUCUGACCCGCGACUGGUGUCGUCUGGACGACCUUCAGCCUCAACCUCCUUUGGUGCGUGCCACUUCGUAUUGCCGAGUCAGUGGUAACAGGACAGAUCUCGCUGUGGGCCGUACGUUGCUGGACACACCACUUGUGAUGUGGGUGAUGAUAAUACGUUUUUGCUGAGCGGGGUCAAACCAGGUGAGGGUAAACAAGCACCGCAGUACUUGGCAAUUAUCUCCUUAAUUUACCAGAACUCUUGAACAAAAGUUUCCAUGACAAUGGAAACUGUGUGUGUCUCGGUUGUGAACACAGUCUAGUGUGUGUGUGUGUGUGGGUGUGUGUGUACGUGUGUGGGUGGGGGUGUGUGUACGUGUGUGUGGGUGUGGGUGUGUGGGUGGGUGGGUGUGUGUGUCCGUGUGUGUGUGUGUGCCCGUGUGUAUGUACUUGCAUCAACUAAUGUCCUUUAUCCGGCUCCUCCUAGCUGAGUGUCGAGGUGUCCCUGAGCAUGACACCUUACCCCGGCCUGACUGCUCCUGACCAGCUGGCUGUCGCCCUGCGUGGUUGACUCCGCCGUCGGUGUGUGAAUGUGUGCAUGAAUGGGUAGAUGUCAGGCAAUAUUGUACAGCACUUUGGGUGGCCCCUUGUUACAAAAAAGGGCUAUAUAAAUGCAGUCCAUUUAGUACCAUUUACCAUUUAACAUCCUGGGGAGCCUAACAAAGAGAAAAAGUGUUAUUUUAUGAAGAAAAAAAAAGGUAUUUGUUCCUCUGCAACUAAACGACAGCAAGUCUUUCAACGCUUGACUCUUGGAGGAAUGUGUUAUGGUCUGAUUACACUGAACUCUGUAUGUAUUGCAUCAGUUAAGGUUAUUUACUGUUGGAGACGGCAGGGGAUAAAUGGUUCAUGUCGUUGUGUUUAUGGGGGUUUUCACCCCAACUUUCAACAAUUCCCAAAAAUGAAACUUAAAUGUAGGAUUGUGUGUUGAGCUGGUUGUCAGCCAGAGCAGUAGAGGGAGCUGUUGCUAUCCUAUGUCGGGGCUGAACAUGUUCAGUUCAACUUGUCCAAUAUGCAAUAAGAGCACUUUGUAAUGAGUGGACACCUUCCUUCUUCACAGCUUUGCUUCCUUCCUUUUACAUGUUUGGCACUGGAAUCAAUUGAUAAAGUAACGUUAAGCAAUU